CAUUCCCUCCCUUUCUCUCUCUCUCUCUCGCACCACCCACUCCCAUUCCCCUGUUUCUAGUGAGAAAAAAUGGCUCUCUUAGCUGUAAUAGUCUGCAUUGCUUCCCUUAUUUCAGUUUUGCAACCACCGGCUGAAGCCAGGAUUCCCGGUGUCUACACGGGCGGAGGUUGGCAGACCGCCCACGCCACCUUCUACGGUGGCAGCGACGCCUCCGGCACCAUGGGUGGGGCUUGUGGGUACGGGAACCUGUACAGCCAGGGCUACGGAGUCAACACGGCGGCGCUGAGCACUGCUCUGUUCAACAAUGGGUUCAGCUGCGGCGCGUGCUUUGAGAUAAAAUGUGCUAUGGAGAAGCAAUGGUGCCAUGCCGGCAGCCCCUCCAUCUUCGUCACGGCCACCAACUUCUGCCCGCCGAACUACGCUCUGCCCAACGACAAUGGUGGGUGGUGCAACCCUCCCAGGCCGCACUUCGACCUCGCCAUGCCUAUGUUCCUCAAGAUCGCAGAGUACCGCGCUGGCAUUGUGCCUGUUACUUACCGCAGGGUUCCAUGCAGGAAGAAGGGAGGCAUAAGGUUCACAAUCAACGGAUUCCGCUACUUCAACCUGGUUCUGAUCACCAACGUCGCGGGCGCGGGGGACAUCGUGAGGGUGAGCAUCAAGGGUUCGAGGACUGGAUGGAUGAGCAUGAGCCGGAACUGGGGCCAGAACUGGCAAUCAAACGCCGUGUUGGUUGGUCAGUCACUCUCCUUCAGGGUGACAGGCAGUGACCGCCGCACCUCCACCUCAUGGAACAUCGCCCCCUCCAACUGGCAAUUCGGCCAAACAUUUGUGGGAAAGAACUUCAGGGUUUGAAACAAAAAUUUGCCGCGUCAUUCAGCGAUUUUACCGCACCUUAAUUUUUGAGACUAGUUGUUGUGUUAGUGGGGGUAUAAUUGUAUGUUUGUGGGGAUUUGCAGAGGAGAAUGAAGGGGUGGUGGUUUCGCUUUUUUGACUUAUUGGAGCAAAGCGGUGGGGGUGGGGGGUACGUAGAUGAGGAGAAAAAGCUGAGGCGGCUGCACCAAAUACUGUAGCCCGCAGCUUAUUUUAAGUUUUUAACUACUCUUAUAAAGUAGUAUGUGAUUUGUCUAAGGAGUGUGUAAUUGUGUAUCUCUAAUUAUAUUAUAUAUAGCUCUAUAAUUAAAUGGAGAUGGAUUGGUUUUCA